AUGUCUGCAUCACGCCUUGUUGUAGAGGGUCGAACGUGGCUAGUCGGAAAUGGAAGAGCAUCCAUUCAACAGUCCAUCUGCUACUGUGCAUACCAAGCACAGAACGCAGCCAUUCCAGUUGUGCAGGCUAGCCAGAAGCUGGCUGGAUGUGCUGCCCGACCAGCGUUCCAGAACAGUGACCGGCCGCCCGAGUAUGCCCAAGACAUCACCGAGGCGACCUCAGUCUUCCUUGAAGAUCCUCAACAGGCGGAGGAUGCGGAGCUCUGGCAGCUGGCGGAGUUGCGACUACGACAUGCACAUCGGUUCCGCUUGCUGUUGCAAGACCACGGAUUGAAGAAGCUCUAUCGUUACCUGGUGGCUGCCGGAUGUGCUUUGGAAUCGAUGCGAGUGGCGAGCUGCGGAAUCAUUGGUGAUGGUCAGUGCGACGUGCCUCUCGACCUUGGGCUUGGGGACAUGGUCACACCUGUGCCGUGA